AUGGAAUGUAGGCUACCACAAGAGAAAAUUGAAAAAAUUCAAGCAAAAUUGCAUGAAUUUUCUAGGAGGAAGAAAGUUACUCUAAGGCAGUUACAAUCCUUAAUUGGUCUCCUCAAUUUUGCUUGUACCGUUGUUUGUCCAGGUCGUGCAUUCCUGAGAAGACUUAUAGACCUCACAAUAGGAGUCUCUCAUCCAUGUCAUUAUAUUAGACUAACUAGAGAGUCAAAAGCUGAUAUUGGUAUUUGGAAAUCCUUUAUUGAUCAUUUUAAUGGAAAAUCAGUUUUCUAUGCCGAUAAAUGGCUUUCUUCUGACAGUUUAUCAUUGUAUACUGAUGCAGCUGGUUCUCUAGGUUUUGCAGGUGUUAUGGGUUAUAAAUGGUUUGCAAUGGCUUGGCCAAAACAUCUGGAACACCAUCAAAUAGCAACAAAGGAAAUGUUUCCUAUUGUGCUUGCACUUGAAUUAUGGGGCGAACACAUUCAAAACACCAAAUAA